CUGUCAAAUCACACGUGAACUACAAAUUUGUAAUUAAAAAUAAAUAAAUCUCUUCCAUAUAAAAUGACUAAUAAAACAAUAAAAAACCAAGAUUCCCUUUACAAAGAACAACUAGAAAAUGUCUAUUUAGAAUACUCGAUCUUGAGAAGAAAAUUACAAAGCAAAGUCGAAGCCCUAACUAUUAUGAAUAAGGAGUUGAAUGAAUGUAGAUUAGAGAGAGACCAGUAUAAAUUAAUUGCAGAACAAGGCCAGUCUAGGUAUUCCUUGAAAAAGCUUUCUAGUCAAUAUAAUAUUGGAACCUUUUCUGGUACUUUGGAUUAUGAUAGAAAUUUUGCUACGAGUGUUAAAAUGUUAAAUGAUUUGAGAGAGGAGAAUAAAUCUUUAACUGUAGAGAUUGGUAGAUUAAAACAAAAAUUAUCUGACCGUGAUGGUGAUGUAAGAUUACUUAGACAAAGAUUGCAGUCCCAAAAGGAAACAGAAAGCACGUCAAAAACAAGUACAUCAUUUACAAAUCAUGAUCGGGAAGAUUUAAUAAAACAGUUAGAAAUAUUGAAUGAAAAGGUUAAAGACUUAAAAUCGGAUCUACGCAGUAUUAUUGAUGAAAAAGAAGAGUUGAUAUCUGAGAGGGAUGCUUACAAAUGCAAAAUACACAGACAAAACCAUGAACUGAAAAUAUUCAUGUGUGGGGAUAAAGAAAUUAUAGAAGAUUUAGAUAUGGAUUCACUUAUAAUGGAAAACAAAUAUUUAGCAGAUCGAGUUGCACAAGUAGAGACUGAAAAAGAAUUAGUUAAUCAAACGCUCCAAAACUACAAGAGUAUGCUAGAAAAUAAAAGGAAAAAAUCUAACAUUAAGUUAGAAAUUGCAGAUAAUGAAACGAUUAUGACACAGGAACAAGUGGCCCAUUUAUUUGAAAAUAAACUAACUUUGGAUUCUGCCAUUACGUCAGCAAAAUUAUUGGAAAUAAAAAAUUUUGUUUAUGGUGUUAUUGAAGCCUUAAAUGACCGCACAUUAGCCUUGGCACAUCAACGAAAAGCUAACAAAAUUCUAGCUACAAGAAUAUCAGAUCUAGAACUUAAAUUGAAUCCAAGUAAAAACAAUGGUACUAAGAAAAAGUCAACACCAUCUCAAAUAUUCUUACAAAACUAUAACCCUGCAAAUGUCGAUUCUAAUUUUGAUGCAAUGUUAGAUGAGGAGUUAAAAAAAUACGACAAGUCUGAAAAAAGUAUGCCAAAACAUGAAAAUGGUGAUCCCGAAUGUAAUGGGUCUCAGAAUUUAAAUGGUUUUGCUAAAAAUGGUGAAGAUGACUUAGAAUUGCCUCCGCACUUAGAUGCUUUGCUUAAGAAAGCAUUGGAUGAUAUAAAACAAGAGAAGGAAAAAGAUAACAAAGAUGAUUAAUUAAUUAUAAACAUAUCUGUUUUUGAUUACUUAAUUUAAAU